UUUCGCUUGAGUUCCUCAGUUUAUUUUCAUGUUACCUACAUUGACCAUACAAUAAUAAUAUCUGGUAAUUAAAGGAAUUGUAUAUUUCUUUAGUUACAACGGGAUUAUAUAGACAUUAAAGUUUCUGAGGGUAUGAAACCGGAUGAGUACACGGAUCCAUUGUAUUGAUUUUUACCUUAGAAUUUUACUAGGACGACGUAAUUAGUUACCAAAUUAGUAAUUUAUUAAUAGGACUUCUUGAAACAUUCAACCAUGGAACAAGGAUUAUGGGUUUUAGUAGAGUGGGUGGAUGAUGAUUCACAAGACACAAAAGAAAUUUCAAGUUACAGCGUGGUAAAUGUUGGUUUGAUAGACAGCAAUGAGAUAAGUGAGGGGAAGACUGUUCUAGUUCGAGAAGGUGUUAAGGGGAAGCCGAGGAGAGGACUAGUACAUAAGAUUUCAGAAGUGAAAAUCUAUUUAGAAGAAAUGUUGAGUCUUUUUUUGGGACGAGAUAAAAAAUUACAACAACUGGUACCACUAUGUGCGGACACGAACAAAAUAGAAAAACCAACGGAAAUGAUCCUGCCUCUAAUCACAGAAAGGGACUUCAUGCGAGAAGAAGUAAUGGAGGACAGUGACAGAGAGAACUCAUCCAUAGAGGAUCUCAUCGAUAGCAGUGGUAAUGAUUCUAAUCCUGAGGCCUCACCGCAAAACGACCAACCUGCCUUCCAAGAAACAAAUGACAAUAAUUCUAGUAACACUCCAACCAAUCCAGAGGAAACGCCUCAAACUGAGCAAAGUCAAGCAUCACAAGAAGGAAUUAGAUCCGAUAGUAGUAAUACAGAAGCUAAUGUAGAGGUAGCAUCCCCAAACGUUCAAAGUUGCCAAAUUUCACAAGAAAUAAAUAGAAAUGACAAUAAUAACAUUGAAACAACUACAGAGGCGUUACCAAACGACCAAAAUGGCCUAGAGUCACAAGAAGAAAACAGAAUCGCCAAUAACACUGAAGCAGAUAAUGAGGUUACUUCCCAAAACCACGAAAAUCGUAACCUAUCGCUGGAAAGAAUCGACGAAUUGUCGAUGUCGAAUAAUAAUACUGAAAUAAAUCAAGCGCAGAUACUGAUCGGAAGAGGUAAUGUUAUGAUACCAGCUCCACUCUUAGAUGAAAUUGAUUGGACGCUGUACUCAAAUGCCACUCGGAUGUUACUACAAGCUGUAUUUCCAGGAAGAUUUAUAACAACCAAUUGCGUUGACGAAAUAAAACUUUAUCGCAAUCGUCAAAUUUUUAAAAGGCUACGUCAACAUAACCAGGAAAUCGAUCCGCCGUCUCCAGCCUCAUCAAAUGAAGAUUCUAACACUAUCUCAGAGCUGUACUAAAGAGGGCGUCUACUACUACAAAAUACAAAUGCCAUGAGUUUA